AUGGAACCAGGAGAACCAACCAUUCACAAUGUGUUUGAAAGCAAGACAGGCACCUGGCAAUAUGUGGUCGCUGAUCCAACGACAUCGACAGCCGUCAUCAUCGAUCCGGUCCUGGACUAUGACCCCGCCACCCAGGUCAUCACCACGGAGUCGGCUGACGCGCUCCUGUCCUUGAUCAAGGAGAAGGGAUACAAAGUCGACAAAAUCCUUGAAACCCAUGCCCAUGCAGAUCAUCUCACCGCAGCGUCCUAUCUGCAGAGGCGCUUAGCCCAGGAGCAAGGCCACCGGCCGCCCAUCGGGAUCGGCAAGCGCAUUGGACAGGUGCAGAAGUUGUUUGGUCAGAGAUACGGCAUUCCUGCGCAGGAAUAUGAAGAUGUCUUUGACAAACUGUUUGAGGACGAUGAGACAUUUAAGAUUGGCAAUUUGACGGCCAAGGCCAUUCAUCUUCCUGGCCACACCCCGGAUCAUUUGGGAUACCGCAUUGGAGACAAUAUUUUCUGCGGCGAUCUGAUCUUCCAUUCGGAUAUUGGCACCGCAAGAUGUGAUUUCCCCGGCGGCAGUGCACGCAGCCUCUAUCAAUCAGGGCGGAAGGUCUUGGACCUGCCAGAUCACGUCAGGAUCUGGACGGGCCAUGACUAUCCUCCCGAGGAGCGCAAGGAGCCGGUCCCCUCGCUGAGCGUCCAGGAUCAUCGGCGGCAAAAUAAACACCUUAAAAAUGGCGUUACCGAAGAGGAGUUUGUAGCUCUCCGGAAGGAGCGUGAUUCGAAAUUGGCUGAGCCGAGACUACUUCACCAGUCAUUGCAGAUGAACAUUCGGGCAGGACGAUUGCCGACGCCUACAGAGUCGGGGCAACAAUUGCUCCACCUUCCCUUGAAAUUGAAGGGACUGACAUGGUAA